UCCACGUUUGAGUCACUGCUCCUGAUGCAAAGCGUUUGGAGUACUGCAGCGUUAUUGUAAAUGUGGAGAUGUUUUUUCUGCAUCUUCUAUCGAGCGUAAUCGUGUAAAAAUACUGGAUCAACACUAGAGACCUCCGCGUUACGCACGAGUUAAAUCCGUCACCGUUACGCGUGGAUUAAACCCACACACCUAUGCAGGAUGAAGGUAACCUUUGGAUGUCUGGUGGUCUCAGCCGGAAUCUGCGGCUUGCUUAGUUUCGUCUUGUUGGCGACUUCCCUCGGAACCGAGUAUUGGUACAUUAUAGAGAUGAAUCAUGUGAACACGAGCGACUUAGAGGACAUGAGCUCACAUUCGGGUCUGUGGAGCAUCAAUGAAGGUGGGAUGACGCAGGCAGACUCUAUUGACUCCUUCACAGCUGACAACUCCAGGUACUCUGAGACUGAGCUGCACAUGCUGUACAUGCACAGAGCCAUAGUGGUGCUCCUCCCCCUCAGCCUGGUCCUGCUGCUGUUUGGAGGCAUCUGUGGCCUAGUCAGCUCCCUGGCACGGAGCCCCAUGCUCCUCGCUGGCACAGCCUCCUACUUCUUCAUCUGCAGUCUUCUGACCCUGUGUGGAGUGAGUCUCUACAUCUUCUACUCACACCAGGCCCUGGAAGAGACAGAGAGGCAGGUGGGUCCGGAAGGUCUGGCCCACAUUCACACCUCCUUCGGCUGGUCUCUAGGUCUGGCCUGGCUCUCCUACAGCCUGGAGCUGCUCGCCGGCGUGCUGCUGCUCUCGGCUGCACGGAUGGCCAAGCUGCAGCACAGCAGUCCAACCGUGGCCUGACGCGAGCCAACAGCAAGGAUCCAACAUGAGGAGGACUGAAGUACUGAACUGUGUGGUGUUCUGCCUUAGGAAAUGGUGAACAUGAAGAAAAAAUUACAAAUCUCUAAGGUUGUACUAAAGAUGUCUCUUAACAUUUGGACUGAAUUAGUGAUUUAUUUUAAAUGAAGCGGAUGAUAACACUUGAACAGUUAGGUUUGACCAAGUACGCCCUCUUGUGGUGGGAAUUGGAGUUGCUCCUAAUUUUGACUCGGUGCAUCUUAAAUUAUAACCUGUAAAGUUUGUCGUAUUGAAUCUGUGCCAAAAUAUUUGUCAUGCUUACAUUUUCAGCAGUCCUGAUCGUCCUGAUGUGUGAAUGCAACAUGAUGUGUUAAUGGGCCUGAGAAGGUUCUUUUAAUUCUCUUAUCUUUGUUGCUGUCUGUCUUAUUCUCAACGCUUAUUUUUGUGUAACAAAUGUAUUCUACUCUUGUUGUUGUUGUUGUUGUUGUUGUGUUUUUUGCCACAAAUACGAUCUGAUGUCUCUGGAAGCCCAUUUCCGACAGUUAAAAAAAUAAAAAGAGAGAUAAUAAAGUCAUAAUUAUGAGAUAAAAAGUUGAAAUUAUGAGAUAAUAAAGUCAUAAUUAGGAGAUAAUAGUCAUAAUUAGGAUUAGAUUUUUUUAACUGGCAGAAAUGGGAUUCUAUAGAUGUCUAAUAGAAGUUGGUUAGUAAAUAUUAUUCAAUUUUUUUUUUUUUAAGCAUGUCAACAUGGGUCCUUUGUUAAAUCAGUUUUCCUCUGGAGUCCAACUUUAUCUGGCAGUUUUCCACAGUGGAGAGAAAGAAGCUAUUCAUUACUUUGAUGUCUCCUUUUUUUAUUGUUUGAAUAUCGCAACAUUUCCCCAAAAAAAGAAAGCACAAAGUUGACACACUGACAGAAAAGUAUUUGCACAGUUUAAAGUAGCAGCUCUUUGACAGGGAGAUUUGUUUUGAAGGUCAAAAGGCGGUUUGAAUACUCGACUUCUGGGUGGGAGGUAACCAUCUACACAAUACUAGAUUCAGGCAACUGUCAACCAGAGUGAAAGACUCCU